GCCGGCGUCCGCCGCGGUGCCCGGCCACGCCAUGGGCACCAACAUAGUUUACGAGUGGCUGAGAGCGCUCCAGCUCGCGCAGUACGCCGAGUCCUUUGUGGAUAACGGCUACGAUGACCUGGAGGUGUGCAAACAGAUCGGGGACCCGGACCUGGACGCCAUCGGGGUGCUGGCGCCCGCGCACCGCCGCCGCAUCCUGGAGGCGGUGCGCCGGCUGCGGGAGCAGGACGCGGCGGCCGCCGGCCUCUACUUCACCCUGGAGCCGCAGCCCGCGCCGCCCGCGCCGCCCGCCGACGCCGCGGCCCCCGGCCGCCGGGGGGAGCCGUGCGGCGGCCCCGGCCCGGGCACGCGCGGGGACCCUCGGGGCCAGACGACCGCCCCCCGCAGCCGCGAGUUGGUGAGCUACCCCAAGCUGAAGCUGAAGAUCAUGAUCCGGGAUAAGCUGGUGCGCGACGGCAUCCACCUGAGCAAGCCCCCGUACUCCCGCAAGGUCCCUUUGGCUGGCGUCCUAGCGUACUUUAUGAAUUGGCCGAAGUCAUCACAGAACCGCUAGCUAUCAGUUUUGAGAACUCGUGGAGGCCUGAUGAGAUGCUGACGACUGGAAAAGGGCAUAUUUAGAAUCUUCUUCCAGAAAAGGGAACUUGGAUGGUGACCCUGGAAAUACUCAUCAGCUUAACUCUUUGCUGGAAUGAUCAACUUAACAAAAUCUGUAAACUGGCUUAUAGUACCUCAGGAAAGCAGUUAAAAAAUAACAAAAAAAAGAACUACAUAUAAAGUAUUGAGCUCACUUCUCAAAGUACACAUCUUACACGUAUCUUGGAUUUUCUCUUGUUUAUUCUGUGACUUCUUGAUAAACAUAGAUGGGGUUGAGGAAUUUUGUAAUUGCUAAUUUUAAGUAUAAUUCAAACAGUUUAUGACACAACUAUUAGUCCUAUCAUCUCCCAAUUAGCUUUUUAUCUUGAGAACAGUAGCUUUCAUUUAAUAUAUUUCACAUGCAUGUAUCGCUUCGUAUAGAUUUUAUUAUGUUAAGGUAUUUCACAUAAUCCUAUAUAAAAUGGUUUGGUGAAGGAAUUCUUAUUUUAGGAGAAUCUAUAGAGUUAUUUCAUAUAGAGGUAUGAUCAGAAGACUGAUACAUUCUCUUAGUGAUGACA